AUGACAAUAUGUUCUGAAAAUUUGGAAUUUCGUACGAAUUUUAUGAAUAAAGAUACGCCCAAACCAUCUCAAUUAGGGAGAUGUCAAGACAUUGCUAUCGAUUCAUCUCAUUCAUCUCAGUUGAAUAUCAGUGACAUUACUCCUUUUAACACUACAUUUAAUAAUAAACCUACACCUCAAUAUGAAGCUAUACUUAAGGAGUUCUAUUUCCCUUUUAAUAACAAUCAAUAUAACAAAUUUCUAAGUGAUAAUAAUUUAUUACAUUUAAGCUUCACAUCAUUUCAGUUUCGUAAUUCUGAUAAAUUUGAUGAUGUUUUUUAUCAUAAUAAAGUAUUAUUAGAGAAAAAAUAUUCAAUUUCUUCAAUUUCUUAUAAUUUAGAUCCAUCAUAUUUUUUUCUUUAUCCAGGACAGGCUUAUUUUAUUACCUUUUAUCCAACCGUAAUUGUUGAUGAUUAUUUUAAUAGUAAAUUAGAAUUAAACCCACAAUUAAAACAAUUACCCGUAGGAUUAAAGCCAAAUGAAAUCAAUUUUGGAAUUCGUCCACAUUCAAGAUUUUUCAAAUAUGAAGAAAAGAAAUUAGCAUAUAUUUAUACGGAUUUAUUGGCUGACCUUGGAGGUUUUUACAAUGCCGUAUUAGGAAUAUUUAUUUUAUUUUUCGGAAUGCAAAAACUUGAACCAUGGGGUUUUGCGCAAAAGUAUCUUCUUUCUUGUAUACCUUGUAGAAAAAGUUUUAUGAAAAAUCUUGCAAAAAAGUAUGUUUCAUCUGCUGGUAUUCCUUUAACAGAAAAAGUUAAUGAAAGACCUGAUAAUUCUUCUUUAGAAGAAAGGGUUCAAAUUUUAGAAACUUUAUUACAAGAUUAUUAUUUAGAUGUUUAUUAUUUAGAAAAAAUCAGAAAGGUUAAGAUCAAGCAUAAAAGAUUACUUGAAAAAUACAAUAAUAUGGAACGAGCCGAACAGAAAAAUGAUGAAAAUUCAGAACAUGAAGAUUAA